AACUUCUCUUUAGCUACAUAUAUGAGCCUAUAAUGGAGGUAGAGCAGUGUUAUCUCUGAGGGAGGAGAGCGGGGCGGGCCAGGCAGGGGUGGAGACACUGUGCUGCCAGAGGUGACGGCUGCGGGGCGUCAUGUCGUACUCCAACCUUUCUAUAUGGGCGUGUUUGCCCCGGACACAGAGAGGGCAGCCAAUUGUGCUCGGUGUUGACCCCAAGGGCAAGAAACUACUGUAUGUCCAUGGAAAUUCUGUCAUUAUCCGAGAUAUUGAGAACCCCUCCAUCUCAGAGGUCUACACGGAGCACUCCAUACAGGUGAAUGUGGCUCAGUAUGCUCCGUCAGGCUUCUACAUUUGCUCUGGUGACCAACAUGGCAAAGUGCGUAUAUGGGACACCAUCAAUCCAGAGCAUAUUCUCAAGGCUGAGUACCAGCCCCUGGGUGGACCUAUCCGAGAUAUUUGCUGGUCUCCUGAUUCCCAGCGAAUCUGUGUUGUUGGUGAAGGCAGAGGAAAAUUUGCCCAUGUGUUCAUGAUGGACACAGGAGCCUCAGUGAAGGGUGAUCUAUCUGGCCACACGAAAGCCAUCAACUCUGUAACCUGGAAACCAACCCGACCGUUUCGCAUUGCCACAGGCUCCGAAGACAGCAAAGCUGCCUUUUUUGAAGGGCCCCCAUUUGUCUUCAAGUGCACCAAGGGUGACCAUGGCAAGUUUGUGCAGUCGGUACGAUUUUCUCCCAAUGGUGAAAGAUUUGCUACAGGAGGAUUUGAUGGCAAACUUUUUCUAUACAAUGGUAGUAGUUCAGAUUUGGAUAAGGAACUUGGCAGCCCAGCUCACAAGGGUGGAGUUUAUGCAGUGUCCUGGAGUCCAGACAGUAAACGUUUGCUCUCUGCCAGUGGAGACAAAACUUGUAAAGUGUGGGACGCUGAGUCUGGAGAUCUAGUGGCAGACUUCCCGAUGGGCUCCGAGCUUGAGGAUCAACAGAUGUCCUGCAUGUGGGCUGGAAAUUACCUCCUCUCAAUUUCCCUCUCUGGUUUUAUCAAUUACUUGGAUUUGGACAACCCAUCCAAGCCAAAGAAAAUUGUGAAGGGCCACAACAAACCAAUCACCAGAGUGGCACUUUCUCCUGACAAGAGCACACUAUAUACCACAGGGGUGGAUGGCACAGUCACAGUAUGGGAUGUAGCCACAGGUGAUAAUGAUCGCAUUGGCGGUAAGGGCCAUGGAAAUCAUGUCAGCGGCCUUGUGGUGAAAGGAGAUGCUGUCUACACUGCUGGCAUUGAUGACAGUGUUAAGUUCAUUGAUCCAGUGGAAAAAACUUACACCGGAAAGUCUAUCUCCCUUGGGUCACAACCCAAGAUGAUUGCUGCUCUGGAAGAUGGAGUUAUUGCAGUAACCACGCAGGAGAUCAGUGUUCUGAAAGAUGACAAGAAGGUUGGAAGCUUUCCAAUCAGCUGGGACGGACUGUGUGUGUCAUCCUCUGGAGAAGGGAAUGAUGAGAUAGCCGUGGGAGGAGGCGACAAUCUAGUUCAUAUCUAUGCCCUCAGUGGCAACACACUAACGGAGAAAAAGACCCUGGAACACCUGGGGGCAGUGACAGACGUGGAGUACUCCCCAGAUGGCCGUUACCUUGUUGCUUGUGACGUGAAUCGCAAAGUGGUGGUCUACAGUCUCCCCACUUAUGAAAAAUUCAACAAGAUUGAAUGGGGCUUCCACAAUGCUCGCAUCAACUGUGUUGCCUGGAGUCCAGACAGCCUCAUGGUGGCCAGCGGCUCCCUGGACACAAUGAUUAUUAUCUGGAGCAUGACUCAACCCAACAAGCAUAUCAUCAUUAAAAAUUCUCACCCUCAAGCUCAAGUCACUAGUCUUGUGUGGCUAGACAACAACAGAGUGCUGUCUUCAGGCCAUGAUGGAAUCGUGAAAAUUUGGAGUGCAAAGUUUUAAACUGUUUAGAAAGGGAAUUCCCAUCCACAGUCUCAAGUGACCGGCCUCAAAUGGUUGGACAAUGAAAAGCUGAUCUCAGUAGGACAUGACGGACUGGUCAAAACUUGGAGUGUCAAUUUCUAAAACCAUACAGAUAUAUUUUGCCAAAUUUGUAAUAUUUUUUAAAUUAAAACUAAACUGAAAUUUGCUUGGAAAAAGGCAAGAGUAGCAAACUGAAAAAAUUUACUCUUCCUGUGAGGAAAGAACAAGUUACUUUGAUAAUCAACUUCUAACAUGAAAUACUUGUAAUUUCUCAUUACUUGUGAUUUCCUUUACUGAAAAGAUGAUUUUGUACUGUUAAAUGGAAGUGAUUUUUUAAGAAAUUGUAAUUUCAUAAAUAAGUAUUUCAACUGUGGUUUGUAUCAGUGUGAGCUUUCAAAAAGUAUGAAACUAUAUGUAUUUUCAUUAAUAGUACUCCUGUCUUUUACCCUUAACCUUGCUUCCAGCCAUGACUGAGGUAGGCAGGUGAUAAAUACUAGGUAACAGCUGACCAUGGCAGAACUUUCAAGUCUUUUAUGGCUGCACAUAAUGAUUCUCCCACAACUUACUUCAAUUACAGUAAAACUCUGUUGAUCAAUAUUCCACUGAUUCAAAAAAACAUACACUCGACCCUCGAUUUCCUGGACUAAUGGGGGGAGCACUCGUCAGGGAAUCAGAAACUUACAGUCUGGGGGCCAUGACCCAUUCCCAGACACUAAAGAUGCCUGAAGCACUAACACUUUGUGCAUCUCAGAUUCCAUAGUUCACAUUUUCUUGGUUAUUUAUAUGUUAUGUUCAGCUGCUACCUUGUACAUAUACUCAUAUACCAGUUCACCAUAUAACACAUAUGAACAGUUAUAAUAUGAUUUUAUGAGAAAGAAGUGUCAUUAUUUGAAAAUUCAUCUGAAUGAAUUUGCAAAUCUUGGAUUUUUAAUUUAAACAUGCCUAAUACAAAACACAAAUGAUGAUCCCAAGAACUCAACAUUACAACAAAUAUACUCUACUUGUGUUGACAUCAAGCAACCUUUUAUUGAAAUAAGCAAAUUUAGAAAAUUCAUGCUUCAAAUGCAUACCACUUACAUUUAAUUCAUAUAUGGCAUCCCAGUAAAUAAGUUAUAAAUAAACUGGAACUGAGCAAUUUAUAUUUGUUACUAAACAUGCAUGUAGUGGUCCUGUUCUACACACUGCCCAUAAAUAGCACCACAGUUUGAAACUCGCUUGUAAAAGGAUGCCAUCAGCUUGAAAUUUGCCAAAAGCUAUACAAAUCUUAAAAUAACCAUCAUAUGAUAUAUCUUAACAUCAAUCAGUCUUGUUGUACAUUAAUCCAUUUGAAUGACUUUUACUUGGAUGUCUCAAAGCCAUGUAUUUUUUUUUAUAUUUCCACUUAGGCAAAUGACAAAGGGAAUUUUGAACUGUUCCUCAUGCUUACCUUAGGAUCAAAGCUGUGAGGUAUCUUUGAUAAAAUUCCACUCAUGACAGUUUUAUUGACGGGUAGUUAUGUGAGUGACUUUAAAACAUCUUGAAAGUUUUGCCUGUAAAAUUUAUAUAGUGUGUCUGUUGGGUAGUGGCACUGUAAUUCAGCUUAUAUUUUUUAUAUACAAAUUAUCUUUCAUGAACACUAUGCAGGAUCUGUCAGUGUCCAGCUAAUGGCCUGAGGGCUGAUGGCUGGUAAGAAUGUCUUGUCAAUUGUCAAUAUAUCACUGCCUUUUAUAUGAAACUUCUGCUUCAUGUUUCGGGAAGCUUUUUACUAUGAUGCUUGACAAUGUGUGACUGCCCACUUAUCUAUUGUAGUCACAUAUAUAAAUAUUUACUUUCUUAUUUUCACAUGAGAGCAUUGGAUAGGGAUACAGAUUUGCAGGCUUAAGAAAACUCACUCAGAAAGAUUUCUUCAGCUUAAUUAAUUUUCUUGUUUAGCAAUCAAGUAUUUUUUUAGGAAUAUACUGCAAACUGUAAUCUACUUUUUAUACUAAUUUUUGUUUCCACCAAAAUCAUGAUUUUUAAAAUAUUCCUUUAAAGGCAGUGUCUCGUAUGAUGGAGGUUUGUCAUAUUCAGAAGGUGAAGUGUCUCAAGAUAAACUGUCGGUUAAUAUAAUGAUUACAGCAUACCUGUUGUGUAACAAACUGGGCUCAGAUCAUAAUCUAUAUAAUCUCAUUAUAAAUGAGCUACCCAGAUACGUCUAUCCAUAGAACUUUCAAGUUGUGUCAGUGCAGUCAUUACUGAUUUGCCUGGUUCUUUCUCAAUACCAGCUUAGUUACAGUCUUGUGUUGGCAGGAAACCUAACAAAAUGGCACCUAUUCAUGUGUAAACAACACAUACCUGUCAUUGGCAUGCAUCAGAGGUUAUCACUAACUUCUGGUAAUCAACUUCAGCUAGAUCUCAUCAGAAAGCUAUUUCUUCACCAGUUUUUUUCCUCUGGACUGCCUGGUACUGAAGUUAAUCGUACUUAAUGAUAAUAAAAUUUAAUACAGGAUGUGCCAAAUUUUGUCAUAUUUUGAAAAGUGAUUGAUUUAUGGCUUUCUUAAAGUGGUUUGACUGAGUCGCGGUAAAAUAAGUCUAAAUGCGUCUGUCCUGAAACAGCAACAAAAAUACAUAACAACAAGUUAUUGAUAUUGUUUAGGUGUUUGUUGGGGGAUAUACUCCCAAAAGAGGAGGACAAUGCAUGCUGUAACAACUCCCCUUUGGCAAUGCAUUCAUUGUAGAGCCCAGUGCUUGCUAGAUUUUAAGGGAAGCACAUGCAGUCCCUCUAGGAGAGGCAUGAACCCAGAUCCUUUGGCCAGCAGCCCAAGAGUGGACUACCCUGGUCCCCUUAUGAAGACAAGGUGCAGUUGUUUAAGUAACAAUGCUUGUGAUAAUUGGCUGAUUUAACAAUAAUAAAGAUACAAGAAAGCAGGAGACACUGUUUCCUUUGAGCCUUUCCCAGAUAUUAAACUUAUGGCCAGACAAGUAGACCUAUGGGUCAAAAGUUACUUUGAUUUGAGUGUUCUUGCUCCUAGUGGGCAAUGCACGAGAGGCCUCUGACAGUGACUGAGUGAACUAUACAGUGCAUGCUAUACAGCAGCACUAAGCACCCAUCAACAUUAACUUAAAUUGCAAUUUGAUCAUUUAUAUUCUGUAUCAUAAUCGUUCACAAGAAACAUCCACUCCACCAGCGAAAAUAUAGCACUGAGGACUGUAUAAAUCAAGAAGAUUCUAUCACAUCAGUUUAGAUGAACAAACAACCCUUUCAGAAAGUCUGUCACUGGACAUUGGCUCCAACAUUGAAACAUAAAAUAAAAAAAUUAUAAAAAAUAUAUAAGACUGCAAGAAAGAAUGCUAUAGUUUAAAUAGGAAUUACUCAACUAAAUGGUCUGCCCGUUACUGAAAGGGAAAAAUUGCUGCAGUACAGAAGCAUCACUGCACAGAUACACAAACAGGUAAAGGUAAAGUUUGUGGCAUUCGCUAUGGCUGGAUGUGAAAUAUAACCAUUCUAGAUGGAGACACUACCUUAAUGAGCAAUAAAUAUUAUGUAUUAGUUUUGUUAAGAACUGUCAUGAUAAAAGAAAAAACAAGGUUCCUGAUAUAUUAGAAUAGUGCUAUCUACAUCCACAUUAUGAGUAUGUUUCAUACUGUUGAUCACAUGUACAAAAAUACAAUUUAGCUUUAGUAUAACAGAAUUGGUUUGAAUUAACUGAAUAGGAGGGGGUAUACAAGAAGGGUUUGGAAGAAUCAUACAAACAUGUAUAACUUACAGUGUAAAAAACAGUAUUAAUUUGAACAAAAUCAGGUAUCUAUGUGCAGUUCUAUUUAUUCAGUUCCUUUAAUUUUUAAUAUUCAUAAGAAUGAUAUUUUAUACUAAGGAUUAUGGUUCUUUUGGAUAAAGGGAUAUUAUAUAAAGUGCAGGCAUACCACCUGUUCACCAGCAACUGAUGAUCCAACACCUUUAGUUUGAGCAAAUUAGAAGAGGAAACAUGAAAUUCUGACAACUGUCAAACAAUGAGAUUAUUAGCUUAUUUGAGAUUUUUUCUCACAUUUAGCCCUAUCUCUGACUUCUAAGAGAUGCAUGUGUCAGUGGAGGUGUCAAAUUUAAACACCAGUCCAGAUCUGAUGAAAAAAACUAGACCAUGAUGUUUCGGAGUGUGCUGAGACAAGUAUAGGGUCACUUCAACAACUGUCGUGAUAUAAAGAGCCAGAUACAGUAUUCUGAAAUUCUGGCUGAUCUGGAAAAGGUAGUUAAUCCAGCAAGAGAACCUGCACUUUAUGUAUGCCACUUUACCCAUAUGUAGUGCUUUCCAGAACCUUUUGAUAAAAUGAUUAAACCCAUCCCAAGUUUGUAUCACCCCUUGACCUUUGCCUCAUAUUGAAUAAAAAGGAUUUUAUCAU